GCGCCAGCGGCCGAGGCGCCAGCGGCCGAGCGCGCCGCGGACGCGGCCGAGAGCGGCGGCGGCGCGGCCGAGGCGCCCGCGGCCGAGGCGCCCGCGGCCGAGGCGCCCGCGGCCGUCAGUGGCGCCGCCGCGGCCGAGACGAUUGCGAGCUAUGUUGACACCCCCACGGUGCCAGCGGAGACCAACGAGGCGGAGGCGCUCGCCCGUGUGCUGACGCAGGCCGACGACCCGAACGCUUCAACGCUGCAGUACAUGGCCCCGUUCACGCCGCCCGCCAAGGUCGGCAUUGGCAGCACCGCGCAGUGGGCAGACGAACUGGAGAGCUUGAUCGACUCGGAGACGGACCUGGAGCGGCGCCUGGAGAAGAAGGCGGCCUUCAUGGUCCAGAAGGAGCAGAGCCAGAACGCGCCCAUCGGGCUCGGCACACAGUUCCUCGAGAUGUUCAAGAACGAUAAGACGUGGAUGCACAACCCACGCACUCCGAGCACAGCAGUCGGUGAUGGUGCAUCGGAGCUCGCAGAUGACUUCGACAUCGAUGAGGACGUGACGAACGACGGCAUGUACUACAAGCACUGCAAGGACAACAACUUCGCCGUCCCGACUCGCGGGUCAAGCGGCAAUCCACAGGGCGGCCGGUGGCAGAGGUACUUGGCGGCGAACCCUGCGAAGAAAGACGAGUACGCCAAGCUCAAGGGGAAGCUCGAUUUGCAAGCUGACUAUCGCAGGAAGUGGUGCAAAGAGCAGUACGAGAACUACAUGAAGGAGAAGGUGCACACCAGGCGGCAGUCCAAGAAGGAGUACAGCGACGCUCGGUACUAUACCGCCGAGAGGUGCGCCGAGGAGGACAAGAACUCGACGACGGCGGCGAACUAUUGCCUGCGCUGCUUGGCCAUGGGGUUCCCGUGGGUGAAGUACUGCACCUGGAGGAAGGCGCUGCUCUUCCUGUACAAGACGGAGGGCAUCCAGGAGGAGCAGAUGGAGGCGUGGACCCUCACGGUCAAGUCGUGGACGACGAAGCUUAAG